CAUCAUUGAUUUAUUUAUUCGUUGUCAUGACAGUAAUUCUUCAUGCAUUUUCCCAUAUAUAUUUUUUGUUAAUGUUGUUUAUACACAUCCAUAAGAUCGGCAAGUGCGGCAAUAGUCCGAUAUAUUUGAUGUGAUUAAAAAAAAAAAAAAAGGAAAGAUCGUAACACUAAAAUUUUUGAAUAAUAAAAUACAUAAAAUUUUGCCUGCUGCAACGGCUAAAACAACGUAAAGUGCAGUAGAAAGUGAGUUUAUACCAAAAAAACAAAAAAGCGGGCAAAAACAAGAAAUACUAAAAUAGUGACAAGAAUCGUGCCGUGCAAUAAAAGUCAAGUGUGCGCCACUUAACGUCCACUUAGCGAGCCGGAGAGACACAUAGACAGACAGACAGACGGAGAGACAGAGUCGAGUCGAGUCUAGUCGAGUCGUUGACAAAGUAACGCAUUGUACGAUAAGAACGAAUAGAAGGAGGAGCAACACCAGCAGCAGCAGCCAAACGACUACCGAUAAACGAGAAAAUGAGCAGCUACAGCAACAACAAGAACAACAACAGAAGCAGCAGCGGCAGGAGCAGAAGCUGGUGGAACAGUGGGAGCAACAGCCGUAGGAGGAGCAUCAACACGGCAAAGAUAGCACAACUAUUGCUCUUUAUCAGCAUCGCAUUGGCAUCAUGCUUACCGGGAAUUGAAGGCUAUCAAAGAUUUUCGGAACAACCCAAAUACACGGAAGUCAAUCCUGGACAGGAUACGUUGCUCUCAUGCAAAGUAAUCGAUAAACGUGGCACAUGCUCUUGGCAAAAGGAUAACAAGCCCGUUGGCAUUUAUACAAAGAAAUACGAAUGGGCCUCACGUCUGCCAACGAAUGACAAUGGCAAUGUCUUACAUCUGGAUCUUCAUCCGCCGCCCAUGCAAAUCGGUGGCGAUUGCUCCCUGUGGAUACGCUCGGCCACACUGGACUUUGAUGACGGAGCGUGGGAGUGCCAAGUAACAGCUAGUGAUUUUACCACACAGGAUGCGUUGACCAGUCAACCAGUUCGUCUGGUUGUGCGUGUGGCGCCACAACGACCACGUCUCGAAUAUGAAGGCGUACACGUGCCGCCAGGACACAAUAUUACAGUGGAUGCUGGUUCCAUGGCGACAGUCAAAUGUGUCUCGCAUUAUGGUAAUCCACCGGCCACACUUAAAUGGUAUUUGGGCGACCAAGAAAUCCCAGCCAUACACCCGCAAACGAAUAUCACCGAACCGGAUAAUCCACGCACCUGGUCGGCCACCUCAGAGGUGCAAGUGUCCGCGAUGCGCGAACGUCAUGGCGAUAUGCUACGCUGUUUGGCCUUCCAUGAGUCCUACUCGGCAAAGUCUGUGCCCGUCGAGGCCCGUAUCGAUGUGAGAUACGCGCCAACCAUUCGUCUAAUUGGCUCACCGGAAAUCGACUUGGAAGAGGAUAAGGAUGCGCUUGUACUACGCUGCGUGGCUGAUGCCAAUCCACCGGCCAGCAUCGUUUGGCGUAGGGCCGGACGUUCCGAGAUAGCCAGCUUGCAGGAAACGUUGCAAUUGCGUCCCGUUGGACGCCGCGACACCGGCUUGUAUACCUGUCAGGCGCAAAACUCGGUGGGCACCUCAGAGCAGCUGUCGGUGCAGUUGGACGUGAAAUAUUCACCGAAAAUUGUUUCAGCUGGCCCGGAUCGUCUCACUACAGCUCCACUUUUCACUCCAGCUGCCUUCGAAUGCGUGGCUGAUGGCAAUCCUCUACCAUCUUAUAAAUGGGUACAAAGAAUCUCUCAUGGAUCCAAGUAUGUGGAGCGAGGCAAUGAGCCAAGAUUGGUUAUUGAUAAUGUCACCUAUGAAUACCAAGGCGAUUAUGAAUGCCGAGCCACCAGUUAUAUCAAUGGCCAGGAACGUGUAGCCGUUUCUGAUCCAGUAUCGCUGCAAGUAGUUGGUGCCCCACAAGUGCUGCGUCUGCAUCCCUCGAUGCACACGGUCGCUGUGAAACGGGGCGAGUCAGCUAGCCUAACGAUGGUCGUUUGCGCCGAUCCGCGACCACAGCGUGUCGCCUGGGAAUGGGGUUCUCUACGCCUGGAGGCUGGCUCGGGUAUAGAGCGCUUCCGUGCCGAUGACAUGAUACAGGAUUCGCGAGAAGAUUGCUACCUAUCCACCCUGCAUAUCCAUGAGACAGAUGAGCAUGAUUCGCGUCCCUAUUACCUUGUUGUGGAGAAUGAACGGGGUACCGAUCGACAUGCCAUUCAUUUGAUUGUGGAGGGUACGUUUGCAGAACCUUAUGAAAUGAGCUAUCUACUUGGAGUCGCUGGCGGCUGCAUGGCAGCCAUCUUAUUGCUCGUUUGUCUCUGCAUUUAUGCCAUUAAGAGCAAAAAGUGUUGCUUCAAGAGUUCCACGGGUUAUAAAUCAUCGGAUAAAGACAGCGAGAAAGCCGAUUUGAAAUCACGCUCCGAUAGCACGAGUGGCCCUCAAGGUGAUUCGAUUUAUACAACGCCCGCCGGCUUCCAUCAUCACCAGCAGCAGCAACAACAACAACAACAGCAGCAGCAGCAACAGCAAGCGCAGGCAGCGGCAGCAGCAGCAGCAGCAGCAGCAUCGGCAUCGGCACUACAUGCUGCCUCACAGCAUCCGCAACAGCAGUAUCCGGGCCAUGGAUCGCCGGAGGCAAUGAAGAGCGUGCCAGUUCUGCGCACAUUUGGCGGUCAUCACAUAGCGUAGCGGGAUCGGGAAAGGGACUUUGCUGUGGCCAGCACCACGGUAACAGUACCACAACCACCAUUACCAUCAGUACCAUCACAACAACAACAACAACUACAGCCAACAACAACAACAGCCACCACUUGUUCUUCAACAACCACACCAACAGGCACUCCACCAUUGCCACCGCUGCCCAAUUCAUUUAUAGCCAUCAAAACGAAAUCAGACGGCAGCACGGGCAACAACAACAUCAACAGCAUCAGCAACAACAGCAACAGCCUCAGUUUGCACAGCGGCAACAACAGUUUUAAGUCCAAUGGCAACAACAGCAACACAAAUCGUAAAUCCCCACAACAACAACCACCGCCAUUACCAAUGAAAAAUGGUACCAAACAUCACACAAACGAAUCGCAUUACCAACACCUUAGCUACAAUACAACACAAUUGCAACACUUCAAUUCACUCGAUCAUCACCAACAGCAACAGCAACAACAUUCCACACGCAAUACACUCGAUCGCAAACAUACGGCCAAUGGCAGCGGCGGCGACUAUUGCACUCAAAUCAAUCCACAUUAUUUGCAAACAUUCGAUAGCCUCGAUCAUUAUAGUGUGGCGAAUCAGCAGCAGCAGCCUCAUCGCAGUCACUCUAAGUCACAAAUCUAUAGCUAUGGCAGCAGUGGCACUGCCAGCGAUAAUUCCAAUCAGCAGACACAUCCCCAAUACCAUAGCAGCAGUAAUAUAGCCCAUAUUGAGCAUCACUAUCAUUCGCAGCCAAAUAGCAGCAACAGUUGCAACAGUGAUCGUUACAGUCAUCCCCAUGUGCAGCAGCAGCAGCAGCAGUUGCAACAGCAGCCAAUACACCAGCAACAUCAUAGUCUGAAGCAUACCAAACACAGCAAGGGUCACAAAAAUAAGCAUAGCUCAAAGAAUAGUAAAUCCCAAGAUGAUUUUAAGGCCAUGCACAAGCAGCAGCAACAGAAAUCCACUUCUGCCCACAAGCAACAAAUGCAAAAACGCAAUGGCAGUAGCAACAAUCAAAUGUUGCCGCCGCCACAUCAGCAUUAUAGCAGCUCCAGCGAUAGUCUGCCAUUUGAUAAUAACUAUUAUUAGAUUGGCGCCCACUCAAAUACACAUACUAAUUCAUACACACACACUCUCUAUCUCUUCUAUAUUGUUGCUGACUAUUUCUUGGUGUAUGUUAUAAUGUAAUGGCAUCUUCUAACCCAAUAAUCAAACGUAUGCUUACACUUAACCAACCAACCAACCAACUCAAUCUCACAGAUGCACUGACACUUGAACACAAAUUGGUAUGCUGAAAAUGUUUAUUUACAUAACUUUAAAUAUUUUAGUUUGGGAUAUUGCUCUUUAAAGGUUAAAAUAAUCUCAACAAGUCAGUGGAAAUGUCCUAAAAAUGUGUUUCCCUAGAGAGAACUAUAAAUUUAGAGGAUAAGAAAUGGAAGACAAGAAAAGAAUUAAAGCCCCAUUUUAAAAGAUAAAUAACAGAAAGUUAGAGGUCAAUGAUUAAAAACUUGUUAG